CGGGUGGAGGCCGCGGCGGCUGCGCGCUGCGCCGCUUCCUGCCGAGCGGCCCGAGCUCGCCGGCCGGCGGCGGGAGGCGCGCGGCGUGCAGUGCGGCGUCGGCUGGGGGCCGGGGCGCCGCGCGGGCGGGAAGGAGCCGGCGCCGGGGCUGGAGCCCCCGCGAGAUUGCAGCGAUGAUGCUGAGCAGGGUGACGAGGCUGAUCUCCGGGGCCUGGCAGUUGGACCCAGGACGCUUUUUGGACACGGGGUCCCAGGGCUCCCGAAGCCUUGCUGCUCACCCAGGUAACCAGGCCCCAGAUGAUCGCCCCAGAGCGGUUUCCCGCACCAGUGAGAAGGACCCGGCCAGGCACGCGGAGCAGCACGAGGGUCUGCACUACGACAUCCCCCUCCAGGACAUGAGGACGCUGUUCCCCCACAGCCUGCCGCCUCGCUUCUCCAUGCAGGUGAAAACUUUCAGCGAAGCCUGUCUGAUGGUGAGGAAGCCGGCCCUGGAGCUUCUGCGUUACCUGAAAAACACCAAUUUUGCCCACCCCGCUGUGCGAAGUGUCCUUUCCGGUGAUAUUUUCUUUAACCCCAGUGCUUUAGACGGGGAGAAGGGGACAGGAAAAACCCUCAGUCUUUGCCACGUGAUUCAUUUCUGUGCAAAGCAGGACUGGCUCAUCCUACACGUUCCGGAUGCUCACCUCUGGGUGAAGAACUGCCGGGGGCUCCUGCCGUCCACCCACAACCGGCAGCGCCUGGACCAGCCCGUACAGGCUUCCAUCUGGCUGAAGAACUUCAAAACCACCAAUGACCGUUUCUUGAGUCAGAUAAAAGUUCAAGAGAAGUACAUCUGGAACAAGCGGGAGAGCACGGAGAAAGGCAGCCCUCUGGGAGAGGUGGUGGAACAGGGCCUCACGCGGGUGAAGAACGCCACGGACGCCGUCGGGGUUGUGCUCAAGGAGCUCAAGGGGCAGAGCCGUGCGGGCAGGUUCCGCCUCCUGGUGGCGGUGGACGGAGUCAACGCUCUCUGGGGAAGGACCACGCUGAAAAGAGAAGAUAAAAGUUCGGUGGCUGCCGAGGAGCUGGCGCUGGUGCACAACCUGAGGAAGAUGGUGAAGAACGACUGGCAUGGAGGUGCCAUCGUGUUGACUUUGAGCCAGACUGGGUCCCUCUUCAAGCCGCGGACAGCCUAUCUGCCCCAGGAGCUGCUGGGAAAGGAAGGAUUUGACGCCUUGGAUCCCUUCGUUCCCAUCCUGGUUUCCAACUACAGCCGGAAGGAGUUUGAAAGCUGCAUUCAGUACUACCUGGAGAACAGCUGGCUUCAGCACGAGAAAGCUCAUACGGAGGAAGGGAAGCAGCAGCUCCUGUUCCUGAGCAGCGCAAACCCCGGGCAGCUGGAGCGGCUGUGCGCCCACCUCUGAGCCGCGUCCCAGGCGCCUGGACGGCAGCGGACGUUUCCUUCCACGGACCCCGUCGGGCGGGGGCGGGGCGGGGGCUGCACGGCGCAUGCGCAGAGGCCGCUGCGCGCGCGGGCCUGGACGGGACUGUGGUCCCUCCCGCCGACGCGACGGGACCGAGUGGCAGGAAGACGUCCUCGUUCCAGAAACUCGGUUAACGGGGGUGGUUUUCGUAUGUCAAAUAAUUAUGGAUCUUUGCCUUAAAAAUAAAAUCUUUCUUAAAGUUUUGUGUUC